AUGGCCACUCAAACUGACAAGCAAACUAUUGGUAGACAUCUUGAACAAGUUCCAAAAGCGUCUAAUUUGAUUUCGUGGUCCCGUAAUGGAUUCAUAGCAUAUAUCCCUCCAAUUAUCACGACUACUACCACCACCCCAACAACAACAACAACAACAAAUAAUAACAAAAGUAAUCUAUUAUUAACUUAUAUAAAGAAUUCCGAUGGGAAAAAAUGGCAAUUGGCAUCACCGGAACCCAUAAAUAUCAAAUUAGAGAACAACUUUUUACCUCAAUUAUCUUUGGUUUCUUGGGGGUCGUUAAAUACCGAUUUAGCUGUUUCUGAUAUUUAUGGGAAUUUCUAUAUAUUAUUGGCCGGAGUAGGGUUAUUAGAUCCAAAUCAUAUUCCGUCAACCAUUACAACGACUUCUACUAUCAAAACUGAGGGCAAUACCGAAAAAAAUAAAGAUACAAAACAAAUCGGCAAUGGAAGUGGGACUAAUGGUCAUGGAGACUCUCCGAUCAACACACCAAGCUUUGAAUUGACAUCUUAUAAUCAUAUGGAAAUGAUUUAUAGAGAUAUUAUUAAUCCCGAUAUCAAUUCAGUAGUUAAUCCUGGUGCAUCAAUAGUGGCUUUCAAAUGGUUAAAUAUUGAAAAGCCGCAAAUUGUUAAUAAAGCGGCAACUCGACUUGCUGAAAAUCCCACGACGACUUCAUCGAAUUCAUCUUCGUCGAUUUAUGGAUACGGAAUUAAUCAAUAUCAGCCAUAUGGAGUAUGUCAUCCAAUCCCAACAAAGCAAGCGUGUGUGGCAUUAAGAAAGAAUGGUCAAUUUAUAUUAUUUUAUCAAGGUGAGCAUAAAGUAGAAUACCACAAAAUAUGUUGUAAUUUAACUGAUAAUAUUUCAAUAAUUGAAAAGGCAAGUAUUGGGUUCAAUAAUGAUAAACAGAUCAUUGUUACGGCCUGGGACUCAUUAAGCAAUGAUAUCAAUGUUUAUUCUAUUGAUAUCAAUUGGGGGUUCCUUGUUGAAUCUGCCAAGAGACAAAAAUUAGAUCAACAUUAUCAUACUCCAAAGGAAGCACAAAAACCACCUCGAUUGACUUUAAAGAAAUUGCACCAAAUGAAACCAAUCCAAUGUUUUAAAGAAGAAGAUGGUGAAUCGCAAUCACAACUGGUGGUGCCUGAAAUGGGGAAAUUAAAAGUUGAAGAACUUUCUUCAAUUGAUAUUAUAUCGAGUAAUCCUGAUCCCAAAUCGGGUUUAAGUAUCUUGAUUACAUAUGGGUCAUCUAUCAUAUAUCGAUAUGCAUUAGAAAAGUCCGAUUCAUCUAAUACCACUAGUGGUGGUGAAACGUCGAAAAAUCCUAUAUCACAAGCAUUUUAUAAUUUAGGAGUAGAAAAGAAAAUCGAUUGGAAAGGUGAUGAUUCAUCUGUUAGAUUAGUAUUUAAAGAUAAAUUGAUGAGAAGGGGACAAAUUGAAUCGAUCAUCAAUGGGUUUUUAGAUUUAAGUUUUUCAAUCAUUUAUAAGGAUGGUACUGUUGAUGUCGUUGAUACAACCUCAUGGAAAAUUGUCAACAAUAGUAAAAACAACAAUAGUGUAACCGGGGAUGAAAUGGAGCUAGACAAUAAUGAUUACCCACCUAAAUUAAUUUCAAAUCUUUUUGAUCAAGGAUUUCAAUUUCCAAAAAUUUCCCAUAAAAACCGAUUAGUGUUGGCAAUAUCUCCUACUAUGUCUUCUAUUGUAUACACUGAAAUCUAUGGAGAAACGGUCAAUUUGCAAUUAAAACCAUUGGAAAGAAUUGAUAAUUUUGGCACCAAUUCUCAUGAUUUGUAUUAUACAUCAGUGGCAUUUGCCCAUCGCUAUGCAUUUGCAUUGUAUACCAGUACGUGUUCAGAUGAUUUAUUAUUAUUAAUCCAAUCAGAAAUCAACCGAAUAAAAGAUGCAGUAGAUGGAGAUACCAUUACUCGAAAUAAAUUAGGUAAACAAUUAUGUGAUCUGGUGAUUAUUGAAUGUCACAAGGCAAUUAAUUUCCAUUUGGAUACUAUUACCAAAGAAUCACUUGAUAAAUUAUUAUCCAACAAUGCAUCAUUACAAAAAUUGUUAUCAUUACAACUAAUUCUUGGUGAAUUUCAACAACUGUCACAUUUUCCCAAUAACUAUGUUGUUCCAGAUAUUGCUUGGAUAGUAUUGAAUCUUCGAAGUGCUAGUUUGGGGAUAAUGUUUACUUUAUCGAGUAUUUAUCGACAAGUGUCGAAGAAAAAACCUAGUGAAGAUACUUUACAAGAUUCAAUUACACGAGGAGAAUGUAUUAUGUCGAUAAUUGGUAAUUUCAAAUGGUUAAUUGAUUUAUUGGUGUAUUUGAAUCAAGAAUUAUUACAAUUGAUUUAUGUUAAAAAUAAUUUUUUGAAUAAUGGUAAUACCACUACUAGUAAACUCACUUUAUCAAAUUCCAUUGUGUUACCAUUGAUUUUGAAUAAAGUUUCGAGACUUUUUUUAAUGUAUGCAAUUUCUGCUAUGGGGAGAACUCAUGAAAUUUUGAAAAAAUUACAUAAAGAUUUAACUGAAGCUAAUAAAUUAUUUGCUCCCAUGAAAGAAUCCUUAAAUCGAUAUUUUUCCAUAUCAAAUAAUUCACCAAUAACCGUGAAUUUAUUUGAAAGUUAUUUACGUGAAUGUGAUGCAUUAUUGAAUAAAGAAGUACCACAAAAGAUAUUAACAGCAAACAAUUCCAUUAAUGGAAAUGUCAAUGGUAAUUCUGGCACUUCCACCAAUAAACCUUAUUCGGCAUUAAAAUUUGAACAAAAAUUAUUGAUUAAAGGAAUAGAUGUCAAUGAUGAUAAUGAUAGUAGUACCAAGAUCAGCAAUACGAUUAUUGAAGAAUUAUCAAAUAUGAUACUUGAUCGAUAUUCAAUUAGUAUUUCUCGAGAAACAAAACUUUCUGAAUUGAUGUUUUAUGAUACUGAUUGGUUGAAUAUUGGUAUUAAUAAAAAAGAGGUCCCAUCAUACACUAUUGAUGCAUUACGGAAAUUGAUAAUUUCUGAUAGCAGUACUAGUACUAGUUUGGCAAAGGGAGAGAAAUUACGAGUGUGUACUCGAUGUCGAGCAGUUUCACUUGUGGGAGAUGUCACAGGCUUAUGGACUAUGGUGUUUCAGCGUACUUGUAUGUGUGGCAAUGCAUGGGUAAAUGUAUAA